AUGAAGUUAACCAGACCGUGCGGGGCUCCCCUCCUGGCGCCCGGAGACCCUGGGUGCGCGUCCUCCCUCCAGGCAGGCGUUGGAGGCGCUGGGCUGGGGACGGGGAGGGGGUCAGUGUCUCGUGGUCCGCGAACCAGACCGCGCAGGGAUUCCCCAGACGCACGCAGUGACUACCGGGCCCCCACUCGUGGCUCGGGCACGUCCCCAGCCGCAGGAGGUCGAAGGAAACUUUGGCCCUGCACGGGCAGAGCGCAGCCUCCGCGCCCCCUCUCGGCUCGCGGUCCGUUCCCCCUCCUUCCCCCUCCGAUCCUCGCCCUCCUUCCCGCUCCCUCCUCCUCUCUCUCCCCCCCUCCUCCUCGCCUGCUGGAGGCGGGCAGGUCCGGGCGGGGCCGCGCCGCUGAGCCCACAGCCCCGCGCUCCCGGCGCGGUAGCCGCCGCCGCGCCCCGCGGGAGAAGCGGCCGAAGCAGGCCCGGCGGACGAAGCUGCCCGCGCGGCGCGGGGGGCAUGAAGUUGGGCUCGCGCGGAGCUCGGAGCAGGGGCGCGGCGGGGCUGGGAGCCGCCCGCAUCUAGAGCCCGCUCGGUGCGCCAUGGAGCUCGGGGGCCCGGGGGCGCCGCCGCCGCAGCUGCUGCCGCCGCUGCUGCUGCUGCUGGGGGCCGGCCUCUUGCCUGUGAGCAGCCAUGUGGAGACCCGGGCCCACGCGGAGGAGCGGCUGCUGAAGAAACUCUUCUCCGGCUACAACAAGUGGUCCCGGCCCGUGGCCAACAUCUCGGAUGUAGUGCUUGUCCACUUUGGCCUGUCUAUCGCGCAGCUCAUUGACGUGGAUGAGAAGAACCAGAUGAUGACGACGAAUGUGUGGGUGAAGCAGGAGUGGCAUGACUAUAAGCUGCGCUGGGACCCCGCUGACUACGAGAACGUGACCUCCAUCCGCAUCCCCUCUGAGCUCAUCUGGCGGCCGGACAUCGUCCUGUACAACAACGCGGACGGGGACUUUGCCGUCACCCACCUGACCAAGGCCCACCUCUUUCACGACGGGCGGGUGCAGUGGACACCGCCGGCCAUCUACAAGAGCUCCUGCAGCAUCGACGUCACCUUCUUCCCCUUCGACCAGCAGAACUGCACCAUGAAGUUCGGGUCCUGGACCUACGACAAGGCCAAGAUCGACCUGGUGAGCAUGCACAGCCACGUGGACCAGCUGGGCUUCUGGGAGAGCGGCGAGUGGGUCAUCGUGGACGCCGUGGGCACCUACAACACGCGCAAGUAUGAGUGCUGCGCGGAGGUGUACCCGGACAUCACGUACGCCUUCGUCAUCCGGCGCCUGCCGCUCUUCUACACCGUCAACCUCAUCGCGCCCUGCCUGCUCGUCUCCUGCCUCGCCGUGCUCGUCUUCUACCUGCCGUCCGAGUGCGGCGAGAAGGUCACGCUGUGCGUCUCCGUGCUGCUCUCGCUCACCGUCUUCCUGCUGCUCAUCACCGAGAUCACCCCGUCCACCUCGCUGGUCAUCCCGUUGAUUGGCGAGUACCUGCUCUUCACCAUGACCUUCGUCACGCUCUCCAUCACCAUCACCGUCUUCGUGCUCAACGUGCACCACCGCUCCCCGCGCACGCACACCAUGCCCGCCUGGGUCCGCCGCGUCUUCCUGGACGUCGUGCCGCGUCUGCUCUUCAUGAAGCGGCCGUCCGCGGUCAAGGACAACUGCCGGCGGCUCGUCGGGUCCGUGCACGAGGCGGCCGGAGCCCCGCGCUUCUGGCCGGAGCCCCGGGGGGAGCCCGACCUCAGGAGUAGGGGCCCCUCCCCGUCCCCAACCCCGUCCUGCGGCCCGGACCGGCCGGCCUGCACGUCGCCCUCAGACCAGGCCUCUGCUCUGCGGCCCUCAGAGGCCGAGAAGGCCGGCCCGUGCCCCUCGCCCGGGCCCUGCCGCCCCCCCACUGGCACCCGGGCCCCAGGGCUCACCAAGGCCCGGUCCCUGAGCGUCCAGCACGUGUCCGGCCCCAGCGAAGUGGCAGAGGGCGGCGUGAGGUGCCGGUCCCAGAGCAUCCAAUACUGCGCGCCCCGAGAGGAGGCCGCCUCCCCAGCCGACCGCCCGGCGGACGGCUCCCCUGCCUCGCUGACCACGGCCCCCUCGGCCGAGCUUCCGCCCCCAGACCAGGCCUCCCCCUGCAAGUGCAAGUGCAGGACGGAGGCGGAGGCACCAAAUGCCGCGCUCAAGGCCCGCGGCGCCGGCACGCCAGCCCAGCCCCUGUCGCCAGCUCUGGUGCGGGCGGUUGAGGGAGUCCAGUACAUCGCAGCCCACCUGAAGGCGGAAGACAUGGACUUCUCGGUGAAGGAGGACUGGAAGUGCGUGGCCAUGGUCAUCGACCGCAUCUUCCUCUGGGUGUUCGUUCUCGUCUGCCUGCUGGGGACGGUGGGCCUCUUCCUGCCGCCUUGGCUGGCCGGCAUGAUCUAG